AUGGUGGCACCUGUUUUUGAAGGCCAGAAUGGUCAUUUACCAAUGCUGUGUAACCAUGGCAGCUUCACUAUGGUCUGGAAAACACCAGCAUACAUAGCCAUGGUUCCAUACUACACACUACAGCUACCAGGACUGAAUGCCCCUGAACCAGAUCCUCCACUCUACAUUCCAACACAUGGCAUUGUUGCUAUGAACCAGAUAGUGGCCAGCAUGCAUGCAGCAUACAAUAAUAGAAAGCAAAGUGGCAUUGAUCUGAUCCAGCUUUCUGAGCACCUUUCAGCUAUGGAAUUGGGGGUUGAUGAAACCUGGGAGGCAGGCCACCUGGCAGUGCAUCCAUCAAGUCUCACUGGCUUUGUGGAUGAACCUAUGGUAAUCCUUGGUACCAGUGAUACCAUUGCAUUGUGGUACCUUCCUGGUGCCAUCACCAAUGAUUUGCAAGCAUCCCUGCAGACACACAUGCUUGCCACUCUGGAUCCCCUUCACCAUGCAAUGUCCAAGAAUAUGACAAGUGGCUCCUGGCAGAAAAAUGCUGAAUAUUUCAAUCACACUUCAUGGUCACCAGGGUACCUGGAGUUUUCCCUGGCCAGGCACCAACAGGGACAUAUGGUAUGGCUAUAUUACCUCAGGGCUUCUGCUGACCUACAGAUGGAUGCUAGUCAUGAAUGGUCCCAGCAGUCUUACCUCCUGGCUGCCAUCCUCUCCAGUGCACUUUCAAUUAUGCACCCAGGCCUGUAUGACGCUGGAAGGCAAGCCAUGCAGUCAUUGGACACAUGGUCAAGUCAGCAUAACCAAGAUAUGCAUGAUGCCUUGCAGCACUGGCCAUUGGACCCACACUCAUGGUCCGAUUGGUAUGACAUGCUGGUCACAGUUGGCAGUUAUGAAGAUUGUGUAUUGGAUAUCCCCAUGCUUGGCCUUCAGUUCCUUUACAACCCUGGCACUGUAGUUGCAUUUUCCAGCAGGCUUCUUCGACAUGGGGGAUACCCCAUGGGGACUGGAUGA